AUGGCGCAUUUUACUUUUAAAAGGCAGAUGAAGCAAUUUGGUCAUGCUGUUCCCGGUAUGGCACAAAAGUCCAGCAUAGGGCCUCGCCGACCAAAAAAGCAAGCGCCGAGCAAUGCACGGUCACUGAAAAGAAAGCGAGAUGUCGAAAGUAUCGAAGCACUAUCGCAACGCGUCACCGAGCUCGAAGUCAAACCAUCAACACCCCCAACUGAUUUCUCUGAGCUGCCUCUAUCGCAGCCUACCAUCUCUGGACUCGAAGCGUCGCACUUCAAGACUCUGACAACUGUUCAAGCUAGUGCAAUCCCAGCAGCUCUGAAAGGCCGCGACAUCCUCGGUGCUGCAAAAACAGGCAGCGGCAAAACGUUGUCUUUUCUUGUCCCUGUCCUCGAGAACCUCUACCGCAGACGAUGGACCGAGUACGAUGGUCUAGGUGCACUCAUCCUCUCACCAACAAGAGAACUGGCCAUCCAGAUAUUUGAGGUUCUGCGCAAGAUUGGACGUAAUCAUGUGUUCUCUGCUGGUUUGGUCAUUGGUGGGAAGAGUCUGCAGGAAGAGCGAGAGAGGUUGGGUCGCAUGAAUAUCCUUGUCGCCACACCUGGCCGCAUACUACAGCACAUGGACCAGACGGCCGAUUUCGACAUCGGCAACCUACAAAUGCUGGUCCUUGAUGAGGCAGACCGAAUCAUGGACAUGGGUUUUCAGGCUGCAGUCGACGCAAUCAUCGAUCAUGUGCCGAAAGAGCGGCAAACCCUUCUCUUCUCGGCGACACAAACAAAGAAGAUCAACGACCUCGUGCGAUUGAGCCUACAAGAGCCCGAGUUUGUCUCAGUACAUGAGUCUGCAAAUACCGCAACGCCCUCAAAAUUGCAACAGAACUACAUUGUCACUCCUCUGGCAGAAAAGCUGGAUGUCUUGUGGUCUUUUCUGCGUACAAAUACAAAGAAGAAGAUCCUUGUCUUCCUCAGUUCCGGAAAGCAGGUUCGAUUCGUGUAUGAAGCUUUUCGUCAUCUACAGCCUGGUAUCCCUCUGCUCCACCUACACGGAAAUCAGAAGCAAACAGCCCGUCUCGAUAUCACGACUCGUUUCUCCCGUGCUCAGCACGCAUGUCUCUUCUCCACUGAUGUUGCAGCGCGAGGACUCGACUUUCCGUCCGUCGACUGGGUCGUACAGGUUGACGCGCCCGAAUCCCCCGAUACCUAUAUCCAUCGCGUCGGACGGACUGCCCGCUUCGAUCGCGAGGGCUACUCGGUACUCUUUCUCGACCCGAGUGAGGAGGAAGGCAUGCUCGCAUCCCUAGAGCGAAAGAGAGUGUUCUUGGAAAGAAUCAAUGUGAAGCAGAAGAAGAUGCAGGAUACACUACGAACUCAGAUGCAGAAUAUGUGCUUCAAGGACCCGGAACUGAAAUACCUCGGUCAGAAAGCAUUUGUGAACUAUGUCAGGAGUGUCUAUGUCAUGCCGGAUAAGGAUACGUUCAAGCUCAAAGAGCUGGAUCUCGAAGGGUAUGCUGCGAGUUUAGGACUUCCAGGAGCUCCUAGAGUGAAGUUUCUGAAGGGCGAUGAUACCAAGACGAGGAAGAACAUGCCGAGAGCUUUGGCUGCUGCGCUCGACCAUGGUGACAGUGUAGAUGAGGAUGAAGGCAAAGCUGAGAAGGUCAAAGAGAAACCAGCAGUACGAACCAAAUAUGAUCGUAUGUUUGAGCGACGCAACCAGGACGUUCUUGCUGAGCACUAUGGCAAGCUGAUCGAUGAGGAUGACGCGAGCAACGCAGCUGCGACAGCCACAGCAGACGCAGAUGAAGACAACGACUUCCUCGCUGUCAAACGUCGCUUCAUCGCUGGCGACCAAGCUCUCGAGGAUGAAGCUGAGCAGAGUACUGGCUCAGAACAAAGCGACGAGGACGGCGAUGAACCAAAUCUCCGCGACAUCGGCAUAACACCAGCCUCGACCUCCGUCCGCAAACGCGCUAUUCAACUCUCCGCCAACCUUGAUGAAGCAGGUUUAAUAGUGGACUCCAAACGACGCGAGAAACUCUUCAAAUCCAAGAAAGCACUCCUCAAGUACAAAGGACAUGGCACACAUCUGACGUUUGAUUCUGAAGACGAAGACGGAAAGGAGAAGGUAUACUACGAAAAGGAGGACGAGUUUGUGAAGAAAGGGAAUGCAGCAAAAGAGAAGGAAAGAUUUUUGCAGGAGGAGAAGGAGAGGAAGCAACGUACGGACGUGGUCGAUAAAGAGGUCGCGAAGACGAAAAAGAGGGAGAAGAAGGAGAAGAAAAAGGAGAGGGAAAGGAGGGCUGCUAUGGAGGAGGAUGAGGGUACAGGUGAAGAUGAGGAUGUGGGCGUACAAUUGGCGCCAUAUGAUGAGGAAGAGAUGGAUGCGGGAGAAGCACUCGAUGUCGAAGAGGAGAGGCCGAAGAAGCGAAAGAAGAAGUGGUUCGAGAAGGACAACGAUAGCGAGGAGGAAGGAGAUAAUGGUGAUAAGAAUAAGAAGAAACGAAACAGGGGAUCAGCAACUGUGGUUGAACAGCCUCAGACGCUCGAGGAUUUGGAAGCGAUGGCGUCUGGAUUGCUUGCCAGAUAG